CCGCGCCCCCGGGGCCCAUGGCCAAGCGGCGUGCGGCCGAGCCGCUGACGUUCCACGUGCCCUGGAAGCGGCUCCUGCUCUGCGACGUGCCCGAGGAGCCGCCGCCGCCGCCGCCGCUCUGGAUCCCCCCUCCCGGGCAGCCCCGCGGCGCCCCGGAGCCGCCGCCGCCCCGGAAGCGCAAGAUCGACGCGGGGCCCAUGGCCGAGCCGGCGGCGUCGCCCAGCAAGCGCCGCGAGGGCGGGCGGCCGGGCGGCCCGGGCGGCGCGGGGGAGCCGGAGCGCCGCGGCCUGGACCUCGGCGGCCCGACGCCGCCGCCGCCGCCGCCGUCGCUGCUGCCCGAGCGGCCGCGCCGGGGCCCGGGGGAGGAGCCGCGGGGCGCCCGGCCCCCGAGGGGCGGCGGCGGCCGCGGCGACGACGACGGGGCGGGGCGCGGAGAGCCCCCGCGGGGAGACGUCUGGGGGGCCUCGCCGCGCCAGCUCAAUGAAGACUUUUGGCAGUAUAACACCUUCCAGUACUGGCGGAAUCCUUUACCACCUAUUGAUCUGGCAGACAUUGAAGCUAUAACUGAGGACAACCUGGCCAAAGCAAAGCUCCAGGACAAGAAUGAAGAGGUCGAGGUUGACAUGGAAUCCUGACAGCAGGAACUGAACAAAUGGAUUUCUCUGACUCAGAAGAAAUCCUGUAGUGAAUUUAUGUAUUCUUACGGAAAAGAGUUAUUUUCUGUACUUGAUGUGCUGUCAUUCCAAACCUGGAAGAUGAGGAAAAGGUGUUUUAAAGUUGAAUAUCUGUGGUCACUACUGAACCUCCCAGCAGAGGUUUUGUCAGGAAUCUAGUGCAGUUACGGGGGACGUAUUUUAUGUGUGUGUUCUAAAGAGUUUUGUUUAGGUUACAAAUUUGGUGAUACUGAUAUUAGAAGAGGAAUUUGGAUAGUUUUGGAAAUAGAUGAAAAACAUUCAAAUUUUCCUCUCGUUUGCACCAAAAAAGUUUGUUUGUGAUACCUGAAAUAAAUAUUGUUUUAUAAUAAUUGUUAAUAAUAAAAUGCUUUCUAAUUUUA